GAGCUGGGAUCGGAAUAAUAAAAUAAAAUUCGUUUCCCUUGGCUCGCGGACGGGCGUGUCAGCAGAAAUGGGACCAAAAUUAUUGAUUCUGUUGGUCUCAAUCGGGACCACUUUGACCAGUGACCCGUGCCAAGUGCCGACAAUCAAGACCUGCGGCGACUGCAUUUCGGCCGCGGGAUGUGUUUGGUGCACUUCUAAACCGUCGAAUGGAGAGUCGCAGUGCGCGAGUGCCGGCAAACCUCAAGGGUGGUGCGGAGGCUCAAUCGUGGACCCAAAUGCUCUCGUGAAGGUGGUGGAAAAUAAAUUGCUGAACACAAACCCUGGGCAGAUUGUCCAGGUCAAACCUCAAAAGCUCAAGAUCAAAACACGACCGGGAAAGACGGCCAAAUUCCAGAUGCAAUACACGCAGGCCAAGGACUAUCCGCUAGAUUUGUACUAUCUCAUGGACCUCUCGCAAUCCAUGAAAGAUGACAAGGAUAAGCUUUCGUCGCUUGGAAAAGAGUUAGCCGUUAGGAUGCAAGCUCAGUCUUCUAAUUUGCAAAUGGGUUUCGGCAGUUUUGUUGACAAAACCGUCAUGCCUUUUGUCAACACCAUUGUGGAAAACAAGAUACCGUGUCUUGAUUGUGAGCCUGCCUAUUCCUUCAAGAACCAUCUGCGGCUCACAACUCAAACGUCUCAAUUUGCUACCUCCGUCGAACGAACCAAAAUUUCUGGCAACGUCGACACACCUGAGGGCGGAUUCGACGCCCUGAUGCAGGUGAUGGUUUGCGCCGAGGAAAUUGGUUGGAGAAACGAGGCGCUGAAGAUGAUCAUUUUUUCCACCGACGCCGAGUCUCACUACGCCGGAGACGGAAAGCUUGGUGGCAUAGUCGAGCCCAACGACGAAAAGUGCCACAUGGAUGCGAGCGGAAGCUACACACACGCCUUGAUUCAGGACUACCCGAGUGUGGCUCAGAUUAGCAACAACGCCCGGGAGAGAAAGAUGAACAUCAUUUUUGCGGUCACUCAAAAUGUGAACAGCACAUACGUAAUGAUGAAUAGAGGAAUUCACGGAUCGAAGACAGGAAUCCUGGCCGGAGAUUCGGGAAAUAUUGUCGAUCUUAUUGAAAACGAGUACAAACAACUGACUCAAUCUGUAGUCAUGGACUAUCAAGCGUCCAGCGACGUUACCAUCGAGAUGUUCAGCAAUUGCGGUUUUUCUACGGCACCGCUAAAAACAAAUAAAUGCGAAGUGAAGAAAAAAGGAGAUUCCAUCAUAUUUGAUAUUAAAUUAUCUGUAAAAUGCCCACUCGACAAAACCAGAAGAAACCAAAAGGUCUUCAUUUCUCCACAAUCAAUCAACGAAAAACUGGAGAUCGACUUGGAAAUUGACUGCGAGUGCGAUUGCGAAAAACAGGGCCAAUUUUCGCCCAACGAUCAAGCAAACUGCAACAGCCACGGCGACUUCAAGUGUGGCACUUGCGUGUGCCAACCUGGCUUUUGGGGAUCAAACUGCAACUGCAACUCCAAUUCCUCCUCGUUUGACGAAAGAGACAAAUCGCAAUGCGAGUUAAACGGACAAAUUUGCAGCUCGAGGGGUGAGUGCAGAUGCGGAACUUGCGUCUGCGACAACCCGUUGCAACACUUUGGAAAACACUGCGAUUGCGACGUGAAGAGGUGCAAAAUCGGUUCCAACGGCCGCGUCUGCUCAGACCACGGGACUUGCGGCUGCGAAGGGUGCGUGUGUCAGCCUGGAUGGAGUGGACCGGCCUGCGGGUGCUCGGAGAACAAGGCCGAAUGCACACCGCCGGGCGGAGAUCAAGUUUGCUCCGGAAACGGCAUUUGCGAGUGCGGCGAGUGCAAGUGCAGAUUCAUCCCAGGCAAGGGAAAGUACAGCGGAGUCUAUUGCGAAGACUGUCCGAAUUGCCAGGGCAAAUGUGAAGAGCUGAAGCCGUGCGUCCUGAGCGUGCUCCAAUCAAAAGAAGGCGAAACGCUCGAGAUGCAUCCUGACUGCGAAAUUUACCACCUCUACAAGCUGCAGAAUCUUACCAGUGAAGCCAUUCAGGACAGUCUGGUCUCAAGUCAGCCACUGAAAAGCCAGAAGCGACAGAGGCGAGAACUUCGCAACAGCCUGGAAACCAAUUUCGGGGGCGAGUCGCUGCCUGACCCUGAAGCGAUCGCCAGUUCCAGACUCUGCAGCUACCCUCUGCAGGGCUGCACUUACUACUACCGAUACUUGACGCUCAAGGACAAGAUUCUGCGCGUUUUCAUCAACGAGAACAAGGAGUGUCCGCCUCCCGUCGACAUUUUGGGCGCCGUUUUGGGUUUGAUUGGCGCGAUUUUGCUGGCUGGGAUCGUGAUGCUGAUAAUCUGGAAAGUGGCCACGACCAUCCACGACAGGCGCGAGUUUGCCAAAUUUGAGAAGGAACGCGAAGCGGCCAUGUGGGACGCGGGCAACAACCCAUUGUAUAGAGAGCCGGCGUCGACCUUCCAAAAUCCAACUUUCAGCGGACAAUAAUAAUUCUGUGCACGCCUUUUUCUUGGAAUUGUCUUUAAAGAAUACUUAAUAUUUAAAUUAAUUUUAUGACUAUUUCUUUUAAAUAAAUUGCUUUUAUUUUGUAAAAUAAAUUAAAAUUGAUAUUCAGUAAUUCUUAAAAAUGAAAAACCUCUCCUUGGAAA